UGGUUGACUUAAGACGCCAUUACACAAACAUAAUAUGAAUAUUCCAGCUGUGCAAAAUGUUUUGGACUUAAGUAGAUUUUCUUAUUCUUAAUUCAAUGGAUUUUUGUCAAAUAUGAUUAUUUACUGAGAUUACCAAAAACAAUUUCAUUAAAUUUAAAAUACAUUCUGAGUAGACUGGCUUAAAAACAAGAAAAACCCCUGGGUACUUUCAGUAUCUCAUGGAUCCAGAAUACGAAAAGCGACUAUUACGACAACAGAAUGGACAUGUUUCACCCUUUUCUUCGCCACUGUACAGUAACCCAGCUGUGUCUCCAAGCAAAAUUUAUGGUGAUAGAUUUAUUCCUUCAAGAUCAAGUCCAUGCUGGAAUAUAAACUUUGAUCUUCAGCAGCCACAGACUCCAACUGCUACAGUAAAAGCUAAAGAUAUUAACAAUGAGUCAGCAAAAGAUGGCCUAGCCUAUGCAUGUUUAUUAAAGAAUGAAUUGCUGUCUGCAGGAAUUGAAGAUUUGAAGGAUUUACAAGCUGAAGACAAGAGAGUGCUAGCUCCUAAAGAAACAAAAAAUGUUUUCAAAUUUCAUACACCAAGAAGAUGUUCAGAUGGCUGUGAUACUUCUCCAUACUCAUUGUCUCCUGUUGGCAGCAAAAGUCAGAAAUUGCUUCGGUCACCUCGAAAAGCUGUGAGAAAAAUUUCAAAGAUUCCAUUUAAAGUUUUAGAUGCACCUGAACUACAAGAUGACUUUUACCUCAACCUAGUGGACUGGUCAUCCCAGAAUGUUUUAAGUGUAGGACUCGGGACUUCAGUCUAUUUAUGGAGUGCCUGUACAAGCCAGGUUACUCGCUUGUGUGAUCUGUCAACAGACAGUGAUACAGUGACCUCAGUAUCCUGGUCUGAAAGGGGUAAUCAAGUAGCAGUUGGAACCAACAAAGGUUAUGUCCAAAUCUGGGAUGUGGCAGUAAGUAAAAAAGUUCACACGUUAACUGGACAUGGAGCCAGAGUAGGAGCAUUAGCAUGGAAUGGAGACAUGCUUUCUUCAGGCAGCAGAGAUAGACUUAUCUUACAAAGGGACAUUAGGACACCUAUCACUACUCCAGAGCGUAAAUUAAUAGGCCAUAAACAGGAAGUAUGUGGCUUGAAAUGGUCACCAGAUCAUCAACACUUAGCAUCAGGAGGAAAUGAUAACAGAUUGUUUGUUUGGAAUGCCACUAGUACCACACCUAUGCAGACCCACAUGGAACAUUUGGCAGCUGUUAAAGCCAUUGCCUGGUCACCUCAUCAGCAUGGUCUUUUAGCUAGUGGUGGAGGCACUGCAGACCGCUGUAUACGUUUUUGGAACACACUGACUAAUCAGCCUUUACAUUGUGUUGAUACUGGUUCACAAGUCUGUAACUUAGCUUGGUCCAAGCACUCAAAUGAACUGGUCAGUACACAUGGCUAUUCCCAAAAUCAGAUAUUAGUUUGGAAGUAUCCUUCAUUGGUGCAGAUAGCUAAACUUACUGGCCAUUCUUUCCGUGUAUUAUAUUUGGCCAUGUCUCCUGAUGGUGAGGCUAUUGUCACUGGUGCAGGGGAUGAAACUUUGAGGUUUUGGAAUGUCUUCAGUAAAACUAGAUCCACUAAAGAAUCAAAGUCAGUUUUGAAUCUGUUCACACGCAUUAGAUAAGUCAUUCAUCCUCCCUGGUACUGCUGAGUUGGGCACAAGGUGCUAACAAGCACAGACUUGAUUUGUUCUGAACUCAGUUUGGUUCAUUGUUUACAUUUCUUUGUUUGGAAUGUGUGAUGAGUGCAAUUAGAUGAAACCCAACUUGUCACAUUGAGCCGAUAGACUAGUGAGAAUGUAAGGAGACAAUCUAUUCAUUUGAGUCUAUUGACUGGUGGCAUUGUAUCCAGAAAGAGCUGUGCCAGUCUAUUGUGAUAAUGUUGGAGGAAUUUUUUUUUUCUCUGUCACUUGACCAUGUUACACAUUUCUAGAGGGAUCAUCAUCAUCACCUACUUCAGCCACGGGCAUAUGGGUUGACUACACUGGCUUCCAAGGUAACCACAUUGUAACAGAAAUGUCUGGAUAGUUCAACUUGCUCAACAUGAGAAAUGACUGAACAGUCUUUAGUAAAUUUAGUUUUCAUUUGUAUUCACCUUGAAAUAACUAUGACGGAUUGAUUUCAUUUUUCUGAAGUUGUUUUCUUAAAACUUAGUUUCAUGUGGGCUCUUGCAAUAUAGCAUAUAUUUUUUAUAGCGACUUACAAUUAGCAAAUUUCUAUAACAAAAAAAAAAACCCAUUGUUUUUCUAUAUGAGACAUUUCUUUUUAAAUCUGUUGUUACAAGCAUGUAGCUUUUAAACUUUGUUUUAUUGACUGUUCCAAAAGUUGGUUUUAGUAGUUUCAACACUGCCCUGCAGUGAUGUCUGAUGAAACCUGGCCUUGUACAUACCAGUUUUGUAAAUAUUCAUCUAUUUAAAUUUAAACAUUGUAUAAUUAAUUCUCUUUAUUAUUAUUAUUUUGUUAUGAUUUGUACAUCUCCAGAUAGGAGAAGGCCAUGAAAAUGUUUUGUGUCCUGUUGGCACUAUCCUGUAAAACUAUAUUUAUUUUCUCUAGCAUUCUAAACUUGGACCUGAUAGAAUAUGUUUUGAAUUACAAUAAACCUAUUUAAGAAUGUUAGCUACAAUGGUUUACUCUCAUAUCAUAUAAUUCAAUAAAUAACAACUGGAGUCCUUAGUGAAAGUAACUCUUUUUUUUUAUUCUGUAUUGGGAUGUUAAAAAUGUUUCCAGUGAAGUACAACUUCUAGUGUCCUCUAGAUCUAAAUAUUAAACUCUUUAUUCCUUGUCUAGACUCAGUUCCUACUGUAUGAAUAUAAUCCUUGACAACAUGACCUACAUUAUAAAGAUUCAUUAUAAGAUUUUUUUUUAAUCUGAUAUCUUAGUCUCUUCCUGUUGACUGUAUUUGUUUGAUGUGCUUUAGUCACAACAUGGGGAAACUUAGUGGACUUAAUGUUCUAGUUGUCUGAGUAGAACAGUCUGGGACAAUCCCAGCUGUUGACAUGGUAGAGUUAGUUGACAGAGGCAUCAUGGGAUUCAUCAUUGUUGGACUAGAAGAAUGUAUUCUUUUUUUUUUUUUUUAUAUUUCUUUACUGACUGCUUUUCUAUGUGUGUAAACUGCAAUGUGAUUGAUUAGAACAUUUGAUCAUUGAUAAUGAUUAAAUGUGUAUACACAACUUUG